AUGGACACCACAAAGGUUAUUCUCGACACGAGGCUGGAGUUGCUCGACUACGCAAACGACUACACCACCUACGCAUCAAAGCUGACCACGCGGCUCCGAAGCACCAAGAAGAGGCUGGGUAUCCCGGGCAAGAGCCAAGGCAAACAGUCCAAUGUCGAAAUAACUCCUUCGCAGCUGGCGCAAAACCAUGAAUUCAUCUAUGUUCCCCUCCUCAAAGCCGAGCGGUGCUGGGCCAAGUCCAUGGCGUGGCAUUCAAGAGAUACCAUCACGAGCGACACCCGCUCCAACAUUGUCUCGAAGCUUGUGAAAGCCGUCAAGGUCGUCGAGAACCUCGUAUCUACAUUAUCCGACAGCGCCAGCGGUGCAACAACUUCAGAUGUCCUAAGCGCGAGGGCAUAUGCGGCCGUACUGAAUGGAGACUCAUCAUUCCGGGCCAAGAAAUGGGAGGAGAGCCUCAACAACUACAGUGUUGCCAAGGUCAUCUACAGUGCGCUGCCAUCAACCAAUCUGGAUGGUAAUACCUUCAGAGAUUUUGUCGCAGGCUCUGUCGAUAGUCCUCUGCGGUUUGCACAGCGCCAGCAGAACAUACCAACAUCGCUUUCGCUUCUGUCUCUUGCGAAAAAGCAUCUGCCACAGUCCGACGAUGCCUUGCUCUCCGGCGUGGAAGAGGUCGCUCCCGGAUUCCUCAAACAGGACGAAGAUUCCGACAUGAGCAAUGGAGGGCCCCUGAGAACUGUCACAUGGAGGACUAGGGAAGUUCCUGUGGAGGACGCUGAGAUCGCCUCGAAACUGGCAGCCUUGGAGACUGCCGCCGCGGAAUUGUCACAAAAACUGGGUUCCUCCUCCGACUUGCGACCAAACGUCAAGGCUGAGGCCUACGAUAGUGUCCUGGAAAUCAGCAACUAUGCGAUUGAGGCGACGGUUCAGGCCAUUGACGAGCUCAAACAACAGAGCGUGCCUCAGGGUGACCCGCGCAUGCAGAACCUGGCCAUAUUGCGCACGAAGCUUAAGUACGAUUUGCUGAGUUGGCAGAUAGGGCGGAAUCGGGUUUUGCUGGGGGAGCAGGAUGGCGCCGUGCUAGAAGACGGCCCAGGCUUGAAGAAGGGCAAAGCUGCAAACGCCGAGGCGCCCACAAUCAAGGACAGCCAGCAAGUCAAGCAGCUGGAGAAGAAGGCCAAUGUGUACGACAAGACAUUACAAAUCCUCGAUGCCGCAAAGGAACUGCCAGGUGUCGCAGCGGACGAGCAUCUUGCAGCUGAGAUUGACGCUGUGUCCAAAUAUUUCACCGCCUUGAAGUCUCUUGCGAUUGCUCGGUCCCACACAAUUAUUGGCAAUCCUGCGAAUGCACUCGCCCUCACCAAACAUGCUCAUGAUCAAUGCCAGGCUGCUUUGCCAGUAAUUGCCAAGCACAAUGAAAGCAAGGAUACUGGCCUGAAAACAAUUGAGGUCAUCCGACCAGACGCCGAAUUUCUUCAGAACCUUUUGAAGGGAGAACUGCAGCGUAGCCGAGCGCUGGUCCAAAUUGCCAAUCUGCGCAAGCAGGCUGACAAGGGAGACUCCAAGACUGCGCAACGCCCGCUGAUCGACAGGCUCGGCCAGUACCCCUCAAAAGGUGUUGACCUCGAAAACAUUGUCACUUAUCCUCCCAAAAUGGAACCGAUUCCCAUCAAGCCGAUGUUCUUGGAUGUGGCUUUCAAUCACGUCCAGUACCCCCAGAAGCAAGCAGCGCGGGCGGACGUGCUUGAAGACAAGACGAACGCCAAGUCUGGGGAGGCUGAGAAACAGCCUGCUAAGAAGGGCUGGUUUGGAUUCGGCAGGGGCUAG